AUGCCUGGACGCGGUCGCGGUGGUCCCAUGCCACGAGAAGUUCAAGUUUCAAAGGCCCUGAGCAAGCUUCUUCGUCAUAGUGCCGAAAAGGAAGGUCUUCAAUUAGACGACGCAGGUUAUAUCAACCUCAAGGAUGUGCUGAACAACCAAAGAAUUCGUGGUCUCAAAGCUACACUCGACGAAGUCAAACAAAUCGUAGCAGAAAACGACAAACAACGCUUUUCUCUGAUCCACAGAUCUGCUGCCGCUUCAGCAGCAAGCGUACCAGCUGACGAUGCAGCGACAUCCACAACCUCAGAAAUCCCUAGUCAGGCCCUUGAAUCCGAUGACCCAGCCGACUAUCUCAUCCGCGCGAACCAAGGACAUUCUCUGGAAAUUGCAUCAGAAAAUCUCCUCACCGCGAUCACCGAGGAGAAUCUUCCUUCCACCGUAGUACAUGGAACUACUCAUGCUGCAUGGCCUCAGAUUGUAGCUACCAGUGGUCUCAAGAGGAUGGCUCGUACCCAUGUUCACUUUGCCUCUGGUCUUCCUGCAGGGUUCAAGUCAGAGGACGCAGACGGAAGUGCUGCUCCUGUCAUCUCUGGUAUGCGUAACUCGUCCUCAGUACUCGUCUAUGUGGAUAUCAAGAAAGCCAUGGAAGCUGGAGUGAAAUUCUGGAAGUCUGAAAAUGGUGUCAUCCUAAGUGAAGGAGAUGAGAAUGGUGUCAUAGGACUACAGUUCUUCAACAAAGUCGAAGAUCGCACUGGUGGACAAGGUGUCUUGGUCGAAGAUGGUAAGAUUCUGAAGGAAGCUCCCGAAUCAUGGACAAAGCCCAAGAAGACGGAAAAGCCAAAGAGUGAGGUCAGAAAGGCCGAGGGAGCUCAACAGCCGCCAGCCGCAGAAGGGGAUGGCAAGCCCUCAGGCGCAGAGUUGAAGAAGCGUGCAAAGGCAGAGAAGGCCGCACGACGAGAAAAGGAGAAAGCUGAACAGGCCACUGCACAAGGUCAAGAAUAGAUGUCG